AUGUUUCAACAAUCGUUCAAAGAGCAAACCCCUAUGAGUGACCCUGAUAUACAGGAUAACCCAUUCCUGCGGCCUGGGUAUGGACUGCCAUUGGAUUUCGCACCGAUGCAAAAGAAUGUAUACGGUAUCCACAACAGAAGUCUAUUCCCAAACGCCAAUGAUGAUCGCGACAUCAAACAAGGAAAUGCAGACCAACCUCUUCAAACACUUCGCGAGUUCAACAUGCUGAGAAUAAUGGAGGGCAUCACGGAUACACCCGAAUGGUACAAAAGGAUCCACGAAUAUGAUGUUGCGGAAGCAUGGAAGAAGGAUGCAAUGGAGAAGGAACCAGAUAUCACCCCGAACAUGGCGAAUUGGAUCAUCGACGAGCUCCGAUUCAAGUCCAUUCUCUAUGAACACAGCGGCGCAAUCGCCCUGUACAAUGGGGACGUCACCAAGUCCGACAUCAACAUAAGCGACGAAUUCCGCCUCAGGCUCUUGCACGCCGUCAAGUCCCUCGAGGAUAUUCCGCAGGAAAUGCGGUUCUACAACCCCGGUACUGACUAUGUACAAGAAGACCUUAUCCCCGUGGCAUUCUGUUGUCUCGUAUAUGGCCGAUCUCGCAUCCUGUCGGACAAGAUUAUCAGUACUGAGGAGUCGCUGAAAUAUAUCGGCCAGGGAGAAAUAAUUCCCGUUCCUGAAGAAACCGGGAUUACCAGAGAGGAUAUCACGACGAGGGUUGCGACGCAAACUGAUAUCGCGACCAGGCCGUACAGCCGGCGAUUCCAAAUGCUUCCUUUCGAGAUGAACUUGGGAGAGGAUGGCAAAUGGCACAUUACGAGCUACAUAAACAACUUGCAUCCCGUCAGAUACAGUGGACUAUACGAGCUCUUCGAGGAGUUGUUUAACAAUGUGAUCGACCAGCUCGAGGUCACACUGACGCCUCUGAAGGAUAUGCUUCACUCACGAGCACGGAUCGAAUACAGAAAAGCAGAGUACUAUCCUCUGCCAAAGGAGGUGGAGGAACAGAUUCCGAAACCCGGUGAAAGGGAAGCCGAGAUCGAAUUCGAGGACCGUCUGCAGAGUUGGCGUAUGGCAAACUUGAAGGCCGUCCAACCUGAUUGUGGGAAAUUCAUUCCCUGGGCAGUUCCUCAGUGGAUGAUGAACAAUAUACCCAUGGACUUGUCAACCCCUCUUCGAGUCGAGCAGGAAGUUCUCCUUGGUAAGGACUACGCGAAGCAUGGCCUUCAGUUGAUGAUACGGAUUUUCGAUAUCCACUUGUCGCCUGAGAAGCCGAGGUUUGAAUCCGGGUGGCACGGCGCAGGCCAGAUGAACGACCAUGUCAUCGCCUCAGCCUUCGUCACCAUCGAGCACGACAACGUCACCGUCCCAUUAAUGGCCUUCCGCCACCUCGCCGAAACAACCACCCUCGGCGAAGUCGAGCACCGCCCCGAAGACACCGUCUGGCUCAAACAAAUCUUCGGCCUAAACCCCGGCGACGCAGCGAUCCAAGAACCCGGUAAGAUCCGCUGCUUCCUGAACCGCAUGGUCAUGUUCCCGAGCACGGUGCAGCACCGAUACGAAGGGAUGGAGCUGGUGGACAACAGCAAGAACGGCACCGUGAAGGCGUUUGCGUUUUUCCUCGUGGAUCCGAAUAUUCGGAUUACGUCGACUGCGAAUGUUCCUCCGCAGCGGCUGGACUGGGCGUUUCAGGGAGCGGAUUAUGAUGAAUUUUUGAAUUUGAAUCUCUCGUUGGAUAAGUUGUUGAUGGGGUUUCAGAACCAGUCGAAUUUGCCGUUUUCCAUGAGUGAGGCGAAGAGGUGGCAUGCUCAGGCUUUGAAGGAGACUAUUGAGUUCACCAAGUAUACUGAUGUUGCUUGGGAUUCAAAGAAGGUGAAUGUUUAA